CUUCUUUCUCACACUGCCUCACAACCAAAAAAAAAAAAAAUCCAAUCCACUUCCCCAUUUUUCUCCUAAACCAGUGCUCCAACACUAUUAUUUAAGCUAAAUUCUGUUCAUCAUAACCAAAUUAGAUUAUUGAUGGAGCAUCCUCAGUACUAUGCACCGCACCGCAUUGGGGACUCAUCAUCUCGACCGUCUCUAGGAUUUCCUCUUGGAACAGCAUUUCUGUUGCUUGUCAUAUUCAGUUUGAGUGGUCUCUUUUCUUGCUGCUAUCAUUGGAACAAAAUCCGGUCACUCCUUAGAGCUUUCACCAAUGGUAUAGACCUCGAAUCCGGCGAUGAUCCUGCCUCCUUCAAAUCUAAACUCACUUAUAUGAAUGAGAAGCAGAACCAAAGCCACAGCAUGCCGGCAGUGUUGAUGCCAGGUGAUCAAGUUCCUAAAUUCAUAGCAUUGCCAUGUCCAUGUCAACCUCCCCGACAGGAAAAUGUGAUUGCAGAGGUGCAGAAACCGCCUUCGCCUUCGCCUCCUAAGCCGUUUCGUAUGGUGGUGGGAUUACCUUUGUAGUACUCGUAAAAGGGAGUACUAUUGAUUUUAGAAGUGGCCUAGCUCAUUGGUAUAUAUAUAUUGAAUUGUGGUUCAACCAUAUUCCCAAUCUUUUGAUUUGUAAA